CGCUUUCAUCGUUUCGGACGCGAUUGUGAGAGAGAGAGAGAGAGAGAGAGAGAGAGAAUGGCCGGAGUUGGAGGUGACGAUAACGGCGCUGCUUGCCGUCACGAUCUCAAGUCGCUGCUCGCCGCCGAUGAGAGGGAUUUCCUCGUCCGUAACAAUGGCGAUCAGGUGAAGAUCGCAAAUCUUGAAGGGAAAACUAUCGGUCUCUACUUCUCAGCCUCAUGGUGUCCACCUUGUAGGCGCUUCACCCCAAAGCUGAUUGAAACUUAUGGUAAGCUCUCCUCGGAGGGGAAGGACUUCGAGGUUGUCUUCGUGUCAGCUGACAGGGAUGAGGAUUCAUUUAAUGGUUACUUCGCAAAGAUGCCAUGGCUUGCCAUUCCAUUCUCUGACACCAAGGCCCGUGAUCGCCUUGAUGAGGUGUUCAAGGUGAGGGGCAUACCCCACCUUGUCAUCCUUGAUGCAAGCGGAGAGGUUCUUAAUGAAGAGGGUGUCCAGGCCGUAGGGGACUAUGGCUCUGAGGGGUACCCCUUCACUCUUGAGAAAAUCAACAAGCUGAAGGAGGACGAGGAGGCUGCUAAAAGGGAGCAAACUCUUCAGACUGUGCUGGUUUCGCCCUCCCGUGACUAUUUGAUUCUGAAUAAUGGGAAUCAGGUGCCUGUGUCGGAGCUCGAAGGAAAGAUAGUAUGCCUGUACUUCUCAGUUAGCGGUUUCCAACCAUGCGACGAGUUCACUCUGGUGCUUGCGAAAAUAUAUAGAACUCUGAAGGAAAAGGGAGAGAGCUUUGAAGUUGUGAUGGUGUCCUUGGAUGAUGAAGAAUCAUCCUUCAAAGAAGGCUUUGCGGGCAUGCCGUGGCUUGCUAUCCCUUUCGGGGAUGAGAGCUGCAAGAAGCUUGUGCGCUACUUCGAACUCAGGACAAUACCAACUUUGGUUGUUCUUGGCUCUGACGGGAAGACCCUGCAUUCCAAUAUAGCCGAGCUUGUGGAAGAGCACGGGGAGGAAGCAUGGGAGGGAUUCCCAUUUUCUCAGGACAAAAUGGAUCUGCUCGCAGAGAAGGCGAAAGCAAAAUUGGCAGCACAGUCGCUGGAGUCCCUUCUGGUUUCUGGGGAGAUAGAUUAUGUCAUUGGCAAAGAUGGUGUCCAGAUUCCAGUGUCGGAGCUCAUGGGAAAGAACAUUCUCCUCUACUUCUCAGCACAGUGGUGCGGCCCCUGCCGUGCCUUCCUACCUAAACUAAUAGAGGAAUACAGGAAGAUCAAGGACAAGGACAGCGCCUUUGAGGUGGUCUUCAUCUCCAGCGAUCGAGACCAGAAAUCUUUUGAGGACUUCUUCUCAGGCAUGCCUUGGUUGGCGCUCCCCUUCGGGGAUGAGCGAAAGAAGUCUUUGAACCGCGUCUUCAAAAUACGCGGAAUCCCUUCCCUCGUUGCCAUUGGACCUACCGGACGGACGGUCACCAAGGAUGCGAAGCUUCUCUUGAUGAUCCAUGGAGCUGAUGCCUAUCCAUUCACAGAGGAAAGGAUCAAGGAGUUGGAGGAUCAGCUCGAAGAGAUGGCAAAGGGGUGGCCUGAGAAGUUGAAACAUGAUCUCCAUGAGGAGCACGAGCUUGUGCUGAUUCGCUGUGGCAAAUAUGGCUGCGAUGGAUGCGAUGGGCUGGGAGACAAAUGGUCCUACCGCUGCACCGAGUGCAACUUUGAUUUGCACCCUAGGUGUGCGUUAGCGGAGGAUAAGAAGAAAACUGGUGAGGAGGACCAUGGUGAAGAGCAGGGAAAGACUGAGGAAGGAUAUGUAUGUGAUGGGGAUGCCUGCCGCAAAGCCUAGAGCUGUUGUUUGUGCGAAAUAAGAUGGUCAUGUCUUUGGCUUCCUUCUAAGCAAGCCAUGCAGGGACCAGCUUCUUAUGUUUGCAGUGUUUUGAGUGAGUGGAAUGCAAAGAGGAUGAUUAUGUGAAAAUUGAGUUUGGUUUGAAUUUGGCUCUAUUACUUGGUCAUUCUAUCUUUUGUAGAUCUUUUUCAUGGCUGGGGAAUGUUGGAGGAUUAUCUUUGAUUGUGAAAUGUGAAGCAAGUUCAAUUCC